AUGUCCCCUUCCGUGGAAGGUCUCAACCUCCACCCUUACCUCCUCUUACCAGGGGAUUCCAAACGACUGGCCACGCUCCUCGAGUCCUUAAUCAGAAGCUCCAGCUCAUCCGCUCCCCCGUCCACCUCAACCAGCCCAACCGAAACCACCACCACCACCACCACCACCACCACCAGCAGCAGCCCCUCCUUAACCCCUUCUCCCGAACUCAAGCUCUAUUCCGACAUCCUCUACGCGAACCACCAUUCCCUCGGCCUGUCCCUCUCCUACAAACCCAAUUCCAAAACGUCCAAACUGCCCAAAGUCAUCGACGAGAUCAACUGGGCCAAACUCAAGUUGGUCGGAGUGGAUGUGUACAACCCUGAAACGUGGAAGGGUCAGGAAUCGAAGGGAACUGAGAAUAAGAAGAAGUUAGAGUAUAGGCCGUUUCCGCGAUACCCGAUCGUCAUUUCGGUACCUGCUUCAGCGGUGGCCGACGCGCCCACUUCCACCACCACCAAGAACACUACCACCGCCACCUCGGACCCAUCCAGCCCUACCACCGUCCUCGUCCAUCCCACAACUCAAGCCCACGAUUUCACCUCUUCCUUAGGCGAACCCGAUCGAAAAGGAGGAGGAGCAGGCUCGAUGGGGAUUUGGUGCGAAUGGACUCAAUUGGGAGUGAUGGUUGAAUUUGCCAGUGCUGGAUUGGAGGCUUGGGAUAAGGGGAGGGAUGUGAGGUGGAUGGUGCUUAGUUUGUUUGAGAGGGGCGAUGAGGUGGUCGUGGAGGGUGCAGAGGCGAAGGACCGGUGA